AUGUCGACAAUUGUCACAACUGCUCAAGAAUGUCCACCAGACAUCAGUCAGCCUUUGAUUGCUGCCAUUGACAAUAGCGCGUACUUUGACACGUGUGCUAAAGGAACCACGUUCAAUGUCAAGUCAGUCUUUGAUGUGCUCCAGUUUACGAGCAAAGACUUUAUGACGUUCUGUAGCUCGUCAACGUGUCUCGAGCCAAUUCACAAGAACAUGAAGCCACUUGACUGCAACAUUACGUACAUGGGUACAUCUCGUAAUCUCUCGAUGGAGAUUUCAGAGCUCCACGAGAAGUGUCAUCAAGUUCGUGAUGCUGCUGAAGGAAGUGCCCAUGAUCAAAUGGACAAAAGCAAGUCAAUGGACAUGGGUGGAAACAACAACGCCAACACUCCGGGAGAUGCGACCACUGUCAGCUCGGACGCGUCAUCGAUUGUAUUGAUGACGGGAUCCAUGAUCUCUGCUACUAUUCUGGCUGUCUUCAUGGCUUAA